AUGUUUAAAAUUUUCGCAUCAAAGGCACACACAUUCAAACCAAAGAAAGCAAUAAAGAAAGGAACUAAACAAUAUGAAUUGCACGCAAAGAUAAAAGAGACAUUGGGAUCAGGCGACUUGACCGAUGCCAUCAAACUACCACCAAAUGAAACAUUACAUGAAUGGUUGGCUGUAAAUAGUGCAGGACCACAAUACGAAUUUUUAUGGGCAGAUGGAAAAGAUAUAAAGAAACCAGUUCGUGUAUCUGCUCCUGUAUAUGUAGAUUAUUUAAUGACUUGGGUUCAAAAUACACUUGAAGAUGAGGAAAUAUUCCCUUUGAAUCCUACAACUGAAAUGUCAAAGAACUUCCUUCCAACUGUAAAGACUAUUUUCAAAAGAUUAUUUAGAGUUUAUGCACAUAUUUAUUACAGUCAUAUGGAUAGAGUGGGUCCACUUGGAGUUGAAGCCCAUCUCAAUACCUGUUUUAGAAAUUUAACUUGGUUGACAAAAAGGAAAUGGCACCAUUGCAACACCUCAUCGACAAAAUCAAUGCCAGAAAGGAUUAAGAUAAAAGGAGUAAUAGAUACUUACUACUAUUGUCCUCCUUUAUUCAUUCAUAGAUUAUUUAUUUAA